AGGGGAAGCUGUGCAUGACGUUGAGACAAGUUGGCUUUUCUGGACGAGACCUGUACAUGUUUGAGCAUUUAAUCGGGGCAAACUCUGCUUCUAGCCCGGUAAAUGCAAAUUCCCCUUUUUAAACGAAUCCUUUCAGUGGUACAUUAGGAUCUCCCCUGCAGCUGUUUUUCAGUCCUGAGUUUAGCAUGACGUGUAAGCUCCUGCUGUUUUUGCACGUUUGCUCUUUUGUAUCCACCCCUUAUAUCUAGCUGCAUCUCCUCGAAUCCUCUUCAUAGUUCCCCGUGUUUGUUAGGCCAUUUUACAGGAGAUCUCCGUUUACACUUUCGCUUCUGCUCGCUGCCUCGCGGUUGGCGCGCCUGACAAAGGGGCGGCGGCUUAGCGACACGUCAUAUCAGCCGCCGCGCUCUGAUUGGCUGCCGAUUCUCACCCGACACAGCUGUGAUUGUUUUCUGCGGAGAAAGCUCCGGUCCCCGGCUAUGAGCUCGCAUGCUGUGGAAUGGAGCACUGUUCCCUCUGGUCUCUUCCGACGACGAUGUGAACAAACCGCGUGAUCACAGCCCUCGUUGCAACGAGCAGGAGAAACAAAGAGGGGGGACCUUCGGCCGGAUCGUUUUGCCCAGGCGGAACCUAGAACCGGACCUGGAGACAUCUGGUGAUCAAGCCUCCGAGUGCCAAAUGCCAAGACUAGAGGAGCACUGCUGGAGCUGCUCCCGUGCGCCGAGGGUCGAAACGAAACACUCAUCCGGAGCUAACUGGUUAGCAUCAAAAGCCGAAGAAAUGAUGUGCAUCAUCACCUCGGUGCUCCGCAACGCCUACGGCUCUCUGCACGACGUCCGGACGGCCAACCUCAUCCGCCGGGGUCUCGUCCUCUUCACCGUGGGCGCGUUCCUCGCCCUGGUGCUCAACUUGCUGCAGAUCCAGAGGCACGUCACCCUGUUUCCAGAGGAGGUGAUGACAACUUUGUUUUCGUCUGCCUGGUGGAUCCCGCCGUGCUGCGGCACAGGGGCCGCUGUGGUCGGCCUGCUGUACCCCUGCCUCGACAGCCAUUUGGGAGAGCCGCACAAGUUCAAGCGGGAGUGGGCCAGCGUCAUGCGGUGCAUAGCGGUGUUCGUCGGCAUCAACCACGCCAGUGUUAAACUAGACUUUGACAACAACGUGCAGCUGUCCCUCACGCUGGCGGCCUUGUCCUUGGGCCUGUGGUGGACGUUCGACCGCUCCAGGAGCGGCUUUGGUUUGGGGAUCACCACCGCCGUCCUGGCCACCGUCUUCACGCAGCUGCUCGUCUACAACGGCGUUUACCAGUAUACGUCUCCAGACUUCUUGUAUGUACGCUCCUGGCUGCCGUGCAUAUUCUUCUCUGGCGGCGUUACCGUGGGAAACAUCGGACGGCAACUUGCCAUGGGUGGCGUAGAGAAACCCCACAUGGACUGAACGGCGGAAACGCAGAAGGACGGCGGACGUGAAGCUGGACAAGUUGCGCGACGUUAACGGGAGGAAGAGACUCUUUGUUUUUCGUCCUUUGUUGUCAUGACAAAGUGGGGGUCAGAGAAGAAGCCCCUGGUCUAACGUGCCAUGUCCCCCCCCCCCCCCCCCCCCCACCUCCUCGUG